AUGGCAAGUCGCUGCGCUGGUGCCUUCCGUUCCUUCUCGCGCCAAACUGCUACUCCCCGAUGCUUGAGGGGAGCUAACAGUGCAAGAUGGCUGGCCACCGCGACCGAACCAACGUCAAAGUCGACACCUCCACCUCAUUCUGUAAACGCUACAUCAAAACCUGCCAUUUCCCGUAUUGUGGAUGACAUCUCUAGUCUCACCCUGUUGCAGGCAGUAGACCUUGUCACGGAGUUGAAGACACGACUAAAUAUUCAGGAGAUUGCUAUGCCAGCUGCAGGCGUUGCUGCCCCGCAAGCUGCCGCACCUGCCGCUGACGAACCUGCAGUUGAGAAACCCAAAGAAAAAACCGUGUUCAAUGUCAGGUUGGAAUCGUUUGAUGCUGGAUCUAAGCCGAAGGUCAUCAGGGAAGUCAAAGCUUUGGUGCCAAACUUGACGUUAAUAGACGCCAAGAAAUUCGUCGAAUCGCUACCAAAAGUCCUUAAGGAAAACCUCUCAAAGGACGACGCUGAGAAAUUACAGAAAACCUUCGAGGCCAUUGGUGCGAUCGUCAAACUAGACUAG